AUGCUUUCGGGAGUGGAUUCCGAAGAAGAAGGAAUCGAAGUAUGCAGCCAGAUGAUCGAUCUCCUGCAGUCAGCUGGAUUCAAGCUGCAUAAGUGGGCCUCCAAUAGUCCCAACAUUCUCUACAACAUUCCUGCGGAGCUUCGAGAAGACCGCAGCCUUUUAGAACUCGACUCCUCAUCGACGCCGGUGAAAACUUUGGGGUUGCUGUGGCAACCAGAUGACGACAUUUUUCGUUUCAAGAUCCCUUCGUGGUCUUAUGAAGAUUCUAUCACCAAACGGCUGGUUCUAUCUGAGUCGGCACGCUUGUUUGAUCCGCUGGGCCUGUUAGGGCCCAUUGUUCUACGUUCCAAGCUCUUUAUGCAAGAGUUGUGGAAAUCCAAAGUUUCCUGGGACCUUCCGUUAUGCGUACAGCAACAGCAAUUCUGGACAGAUUUCCGGAGUGACCUCAACGUUCUGGAUGAGUUUUCCGUUCCACGGUGGGCGGCUUCUGUAAGCGAUCCUGUGCAAACCGAGCUACACGGGUUCAGCGACGCGUCCGAGAACGCGUACGGCGCUUGCAUCUAUCUCCGCGUCGUUUCUGCUAGCGGAAGCGUAUCUGUGCACCUGAUUACUGCGAAAUCGAGAGUUGCACCUAAAGGAACAGAGAAACUAGACCAGAUGAUACGCUUACCACGCCUCGAGCUUUGCGGAGCUCUCCUCUUGAGUCAUCUGUACGAAAAGGUGGAAAGCAGUCUGCAAAUCCCAGCUCGUUCAUUCUUUUGGACCGAUUCCACGAUAGUUGUGCACUGGUUAGCGUCGUCUCCUUCUCGCUGGAAGAAAUUCGUAGGAAAUCGAGUAGCAGAGAUUCAGCAAAUCACAGCUUCCGGUAUAUGGAGACACACACCCGGCAUCGAAAACCCCGCGGACGUCAUCUCGCGAGGAAUGCCAGCACAGCAGCUCGUUGAGCACUCGCUAUGGUGGCAAGGUCCCAUUUGGCUGCAACAACCGAACAGGUUUUGGCCAGACCCCGUACGAACAUCAGACGACCACUUCGAACGAGAGCAACUUCAGGAGAAACCAAGUGUUUCCCUUCCAGCGGUCGUCCAGAACUCCAUAUUUUCGUUGAAAUCUUCCCUUUCGAGUUUGGUUCGUGUGGUCGCCUACAUGCAGAGAUUCUGCAGAAACUCGAAGAAGCGGAACCGAGAGACCAGAAACACCGACGCUCUAUCAACGGCGGAACUAGAGGAGGCUUUAGUGGCGCUCGUGAAACUUGCCCAGCAAGACUCUUUUGCGAAAGAUCUGCGUUCAAUCCACGCCACCGGCCAAGUGAAGACUUCGUCCAAACUGAAAGCGCUCUCUCCGGUACUCGUUGAUGGAGUUCUACGCACCCGAGGACGCCUCAGCAACGCAGGCAUAUCUUUCGCUCAAAAGCAGCCAAUGAUUCUGGACAACAAGCAUCCGUUCACUCUACUGGUCGUGCGAUACUAUCACCUGAAUCGGCUGCACGCAGGUCCCACGCUUCUCACCGCUACCAUUCGUUUACAAUUCUGGCCUCUCCGACUACGAAACCUCGUGCGCAAGGUAACGCACGAAUGCGUCAACUGUUUCCGCAGCCGACCCAGCUUAAGCGAGCAAAUUAUGGCAGAUCUACCAUCGGUUCGAGUAACGCCAACUUUACCGUUCCUGAACACCGGAGUGGACUUUUGCGGUCCGUUCUAUCUCCGGCCGGUUUCGAGAAAGGCUGCCCCACAGAAGGUUUUUGUAGCAGUUUUUGUUUGCCUAUCAACCAAAGCAAUACAUUUGGAGUUGGUAGGAAACCUAUCUACGGAUUCGUUCAUCGCUUCUUUGAAGAGAUUCGCUGCUCGUCGAGGGGUGCCGAAAACCAUAUCUUGCGACAACGGCACCAAUUUCGUCGGCGCUCAACGGACACUCAACGAAUUUCUACAGCUGUUCCGAUCUCAACAGAGCCGCUUGGAUGUAGCUCAACGAUGCUCUGCCGAGGGCAUCCAGUUUUUCUUCAUUCCUCCUCGAUCGUCGCACUUCGGCGGUAUCUGGGAAGCCGCGGUUAAAUCCUUAAAAACACACCUUCGUCGCACACUGGUCAACGCCUUGGUCACCGCCGAGGAAUUCCAGACGCUCCUUACGCAAAUAGAGGCGCUGCUCAACUCUCGGCCACUGACGCAGCUGAGUAACUCGCCGGAGGACUUGGAUGUUCUCACUCCAGGUCAUUUCUUGGUGCACCGGCCUCUAACGGCAAUUCCCGAACCUUCCUACGAAGAGCUACCCAGCAAUCGGCUUUCGCAGUGGCAGCAAAUUCAGGAAUAUCUCCGUCGUCUAUGGAAACGAUGGUCGACGGAAUACUUAUCAGGACUCCAACAGCGUACCCGUUGGACACGGGAACGAGAUAACAUCCACAUUGGAACGAUGGUGCUUAUCCGUGAGGAAAACCUCCCGCCGCAGAAGUGGCGUUUCGGUCGGGUUGUUGAAGUAUUCCCGGGCAGCGAUGGGCUCAUCAGAGUUGUAAGCGUCCGCACCAAGGAUGGAAUCUACAAACGGGCAAUCGCACGAGUUUGUGUCUUGCCGAUUCCGGAUAACCUCCCGGACUUCGAUGCUGCAGCGAUCCAGUCGAUCCAGGUGCCAGCAACACAAGCGACGUCGGAUGGGAGGGGACCUCAAGGUCCCCUCACAAGUUAA